AUGAGAAAUACGGGCGUCCUACAACCUCAGGUGCCUUUCAGAAUUAGAGAUUACGAUAGAGGGCGCUUCGAUGGUCGCCUAGGUGAUCACCAUGGCUACCGUGGUAGCUAUGGAAACCCCACCGACGUUACCAAGGCAAAUGUUAGAAACGAAACACGGAAACUUCCUCAGUGUAUUAUUAUUGGGGUCCGCAAAGGGGGCACACGGGCACUCCUUGACUUUUUAGAGGUUCAUCCGGGAAUUAAAUCGGCCGGAAGGGAGAUCCAUUUCUUUGACACAGAUGAGAACUACAAUCUUGGUUUAGACUGGUACCGCUCAAUGAUGCCCCCGAGUUCUCCUGGACAAAUCACAAUCGAAAAAACGCCGAAGUAUUUCGUCUCCCCUCGUGUUCCUGAGCGGAUUGCAAAAAUGAACGGGUCUAUAAAGUUGAUUCUGAUCGUCAGAGAUCCGCUUGAAAGGAGCAUUUCCGAUUUUGCGCAGUUGAAGAAAAGUGGAAAGGGUCCGCGUGAGUUUGAAGGUGCAGCAAUAAACUAUACUACUGGAAAUGUAACUUCAAAGUUUCGACCAAUAUUGUAUUCACUUUAUUAUGUGCACUUGCGGCACUGGUUGAAACAUUUCAAACUGGAACAAAUGUUGGUGUUAAAUUCUGAGAAUUUUGUAAAGAAUCCAACGAAUACACUGUCUCAAAUUGAGACGUUUUUGAACUUAAAACACGUGCUAACUCGUGAGCAGUUUUACUUCAAUGAAACAAAGGGGUUUUAUUGCUUGAAGGAGCAGACGGGGCUUCGCGGAAAGAAGAGGAAACAAGCAGGUUGCAUGGGGUCAUUCAAGGGCAUUGAGCACCCGAACAUUAGCGCAGUAGUCUCGGAGAAAAUACGAACGUUUUUUCGGCCAUUUAAUGAGGUAUUCUUUAAAACAAUCGGUGAGGAUUUUCAUUGGCACUGA